AUGUGGAAAACGAUCUUCUGUGUUUAUUCUUACGCUUGUGUGGAAUUCUUUAAUUUAGCUGUGAUGUCUUAUGACCGAUACCUGGCCAUCUGUUGUCCUCUGCAGUACAACACACGUAUGACAACUCAAACAGUUACGAUGCUAAUUGCUGUAACGUGGUUGUUCCCUUUUCUUGCGAUUGCUGUUUUGAUAUCGUUGACUUCCCCUUUACAGCUGUGUGGGAACAUCAUUCACAAAGUUUACUGUGGAAACUACUCUGUGGUCAAACUGUCGUGUUCUGACACCACAGUCAACAACGUCUACGGACUCGUCUACACAUUCAUCUCCAUCAUCCUUCCUCUGGUUUUAAUCCUCUACACGUACAUGAGGAUUUUAAAGGUUUGUUUCUCUGGUUCCAAGCAGACGAGACAAAAGGCCGUCAGCACCUGCACCCCCCACCUGGCCUCGCCCCUCAACUUCUCCUUCGGGGCUUGUUUUCAAAUAUUACAGAGCAGGUUUAAUAUGAACAGUUUACACAACAUAAUUUGUUUCAUAAUGUGUUUAUCCUUGUAUUUUAUAACAUGUCUGCCGCUCUUCAACCCUUUACUGUCCGGACUGAACAGGACUAAGAUUCGUACCUUGUGGAAAAGUUCCUUCAAAUGA